AUGUCGGUUCCUCCUAAGUUCGCAGGGCUCAAGCUCCCUGCCGGGACAUUUCGAAAGACACAGCAUACGCUCGAAAUGUACCUCGACUAUGUGUGCCCUUUCUCCGCCAAAAUGUUCAAUACAUUUAACACGCUGGGCCCGAUAAUCUCUCAGCAGUAUGGCCCUCAGCUCCAGGUGAUCUUCCGUCAACAUAUCCAGCCGUGGCAUCCAUCCUCCACACUUACUCACGAGGCUGCAGCAGCCGUUCUUCGACUGGCACCGGAAAAGUUUUGGGAGUUUAGUGCGGCCUUGUUCAAGUGCCAGACCGAAUUCUUCGAUGUGAGCCUUGUGAAUGAGACCCGUAACAAGACCUAUGAGCGACUGGCUCAGAUAGCAGGAUCUGUCGGUUUGGAUGAGAGAAAGGUCUUGGAACUGUUGGAAAUCCCCGAAUCGCCUGGCGAAGACGGCCAAUUGAACAUUGGGAACCAGGUCACCAAUGACAUCAAGUUGAUGGUCAAGGCGGAUCGAGUGGUGGGUGUUCAUGUAUCACCGACCGUUUUCUUCAAUGGCGUGGAAGAACGGGGCAUCAGUAGCAGUUUCACAGCAGCUCAAUGGGGAGAGUGGCUUGCCCAGAAUGUGGUUUGA